UGUAUUUCCAUGAACAACUGAUAUGAUCAAGCAUAUGCGAAAGCAAAUACACUGAAUUUAACGAAUUAAGAUAAAAUGAAAACCUGUUUUUUAAAACAAAAGUUAAAGCAAAAUAAUGACAAAGGAGAUGAACUUUGGAGAAAACGGAAGAUAAAUCACUUAUUUACACUCAUAUCGUUAACACUGAACGUUAUUCUCGUGUUUCUUGUAUCAUUUGUUGGAUUCAGUAUCUACAAGGAUGUUCGAUAUAACCUACCACUACUCUCACAGAAGAGGUUGGAAGAGUUUUCAGUACUUUGUGAGCACCUUUCCCUCAGCCCUGACGACGACGUUCUAAUAUUUGGAGCUAGCAAAGACAGUCUAAGUGUUUCUCUAAAUGACAAUGGAAAAUAUGUUUGCGCGAGUAAAAAUCUGACAGAACUUGUCAACAAGGUUGUCGAAAGAGAAACAAGACUUCGGCUUGCAAAAGGUCAAGAAUCACAGCCAUAUUUGUCCUGCGGAAAUGAAAGUCUCGCUCCCCAGUCUGGCUACCUGACUGUCGCACUAACUCAGAUAUCGAGGCAGAAGUUCUUUUCAGGUGAUGGGAUAGAUUCUGUACUACACUGGGAAAACGAAUCCGAAGCAAACGCUGAUACAGAUGUAGAACACUCAAAUGGCGAAAUAAUUGUUCCAGAGGGCCGGACGUAUUUCGUGUAUGCGUCUGUGCACUUCAAUAUAAGUCGAAGUGCGGCAAAUGAAACAAAAAAUGUGAACAGACUGCGCACGUUUUCGCUGAGAAUUUGCAGAAAGAUUUAUGGAUAUGAACAAACUUUACUGGGAGAGAUAAUGCAAUUUGAUGUUAGCGGUGGUGAUGUUGUCUCAAGUUUCAGAAUUGCAAGUCAUAUAAAACUGAAUAGAAAUGACAUAAUUUAUGUCAAGGUGAACAAUGCCAAUUAUGUUAUUUCAAGCUCUAAAGGAAAUACUUUCGGCUUUUUCCCACUCUAAAUUGCUUCACUGGUAUACAAUAGAAUAGUCAAUCACCAUUGCCUGGCGAUAUUUGUUUCUAAAUGAGGCAUAAAAUAACAUGACUCAAGUUUCAUAUUUUAAUUAUGCAUUGUUUGUGAUACAUUAAAUGUGUUUAUCAUGGUUUUAUACAAUCACAAUAAAAUGAGAAUACAAUCUU